AUGGCUUCUCGAUGUCGAUCUUUCUCGAAACCAGCCAUUUCCAUGUUUAAAUCCGCUUUCAACAAACCUACUGCCCAACCCAAAUCGGCUUCAUCAUUUAUCGGCAUCAGUCCUUCGCUUAGACCUGCAAGACCGAUUGCUCAGCUGGGCUCGCUUCACUCUCUGCUUCCACUUCACAGCGCGGUUUCUUCAGCUAGACUGACUUCGUGCCUUGGUAUUGACUCAAGGAACUCGAGAUCGUUGUCUCAGGGUAUGCUCAAUGCGAAUCCUGGAGUUUGA